AUGUCGACUGCACCUCGUUUCUACAUCGCGCUGCUCAACGGAGAGGUUCUCAACAGUCAGCAAGUCGACUUCCCAUACCGCUUCCAAUGCAUUCUGUCGCAUCCAUACCUGAUAAGGGGGCUUGGAUGCGUUGUAGCCACUGUCGACCAGCUCGAGUUUCUGCGCCCAUUGCUCACCCAACAGAUGCCUUGUUUAGAAUUGCUGGACAUCAGGGUGAAGCAAUGUACGGGCCCAGAAUCCGUAUGUCUCGGUGGACCCAUGCUGGACUUGUCUACGGCACGCUUAAUGGCUGUCAAGAGGCUACGGUUGGACGGCAUCGCUGUAGAUAUGGCGGCGCCUUUUCUAUGCGGCCUGCGUCACCUCACCUUGAACCAGUUCCCUGGCAUCGAACGGCGCUUGCCGCUAUCGCAGUUCGUGGCCUCGAUAUCCAACUUCCGCCGCCUCGAGACGCUUGAACUUCGCAAUUACAGUGGCUUUCUAGUGACCAAGACGACGCAACCCGUAGAUCCGGUUCACCUACCGUCGCUGAAGAAGCUAGGCAUCUGCGACACGCCCUCCGUCACGGCUUCACUCCUCCAAGCCCUGUACCUGCCCGCAGAUGCGAUCCUCCACGUAAUUGUGGACAUCAAAGGAUUUUACCCGGACGACCUCGGUGACCUGUUCUCCUCAGCACUACCGGCGGACAAGAAAACCCUCCCUAUCCUUAAGGAUAUCAGACGCGUCGACGUCAACCUCAUUGGAAGCACUUUCAGCCUCAUCGGUAUGACUCUCGAGGGCGCCAAGAUCACGCUCGAAAUCGACCUAGACCUCGAGUUCACCCUCGGGCUCAUCGCGCGCGAUCACGUCUACGAAGCCACCGUGCGCAGCCUCGACCGCAUCUUCGCCGACUCCCCGCUUUGUUAUAUCGGCCUCAGCGGCAACCUCGCCUGCCUCACGGCCCACUCGUGGCGCGCUGCCUUCGCCCCGUUCCCGGACCUAGAGAGGCUCAAGCUGGAGGACGUCGGGAAGCACAGCGCGGGCGCAUUAUCCCUCUUAGAGGUCCUCGGCAGUCCUGCUGGAACGCCGGCGCAGAUGCCCUGUCCGAAGCUCGACACCCUGUGUAUGCGUGGGAGUGCAUACGGGUUUGAGCUGCUGGACGAGAGCGAGGCGUGUCUGACGCGCCGUCAAACAGCGACCGGCACGAUGCUGAGGAGGUUGUGGCUUGGGCUGGGUCUGCAUGUACAGGACGACAAGGCGCGGCUGCAGCUGUGCAGGAAGACCCUCGCACAGAUGGUGGAAAUUUUCACGAUUCAGCCUGUGACUUGCUAG